GUGAUUCAGAUCCUGGCGAAGGCUGAUGGCGACCAGCAGCAGGUGGACGAGCCCGUGCUGACGCUGGAGGAGCCUCCAGGACAAGUCCGGGUGACCGGCGUUGUUGAGAUGGUGACUGACUAUCCCAAGUCGUUUGCAGCAGAUCGCAGAGCGGAAGAGGGCAUGCGAGAAGCGCUGGCACAACUUGCCGGAGUUCCUGCUGACAGUGUGCGAGUCUCCCUGGUGCCGAGUGAGUCCCGGGCGGAUUCCCUGCUACAGCAGCCCUCCGAAGAGCUUGGGGAGAUACCUCCUGAAACUCCAGUCGAUCCAGACAAGGGCUUCAAGAAUGAAGUCUCAGCUUGGUUCGCCAUUACCCUCUCGACCAAGUCGGUUGACCCAACGCCGGAGGGCCUGGCCGAGAAGUUGCGAGACCAGGACUUGACCUUCGCAGCUCUGAAGAUGCAGAACUGUAUCAUGGACGAAGGUCUUGAUUUGAGUGUGAAGGUGGGCCGCAUCACGGCAAUGCUUCAAACCACCACAACAACUCUGGCACCUGGCGUCAUCAAGAAGGUCGACUUUGGGACCUCGGAGUCAGGCAAAGGGACUUCUGGCGGUCAGACGAGUGGGGGUGAUGCUGGGAGUGACGCUGCCCGAAACGCUGUCCUGGAUUCUUCCAUUGUCUCCGGCGACGCUGCCACCUCUCCGGCAAAAGUCGUCGCAGUCGUGGCAUCCGUGUCCCCGGACGAUGUGGAGCCGCCCACCAUGUCGAAUCCAGGUGGUGGCGAUGAGGAAUCCGAUGACGGGGAGCAAACCGCGACGAAGGCACGGCAUGGCUUGAAUGCCUCAUGCCCCCUCAACAAGCCCAAGUACCACAGCGCCUUCUUUGCUGGAAGCUGGUGUGAAGUCCUCGGCAACAUCCUGCGCUCUGUCUCUGGCCGCGACCUCUUGCGAGCAUUUCUCAUUGAAAGCUGCGGUCGCGACUUCGGUUUCAGGUCCGGUGUUGAUGGACUUCACCUCCUCGCCUUCUUCAUCGGGGUGGCUUUGACUGUGACCCUGUUCGCUGCCGUCCACUUCGCCCUUGUGAAUCGGCGAAGCAGCCGAGUGAUUGAAGAAGGGUGGAAAGAUGCUGAGAGAGGCGAGGGUAAGUCCAGCGAGAAGGAUGCUUCACGUGAUGUGAAGGCCAUGUGUCACAAGCUGCAGUUGGCAAUGGAACUGCAGAUGCGGCAGGGCUGCACGGCGCAGGAAGUUAGUGAUCGACUUGACCACAUCCUGCAGCUAGUAGAGGCACCCACGCUCCGCGAGUCGGCGAUGCCAAUUGUAGAGGAGACGGAUCAGGGCCAAGCGCAGCCUUCGAAAGGUUCUGUCGCAGACACGCGAACUCCGAGCUCGUCCAACCGCAGCAGCAGCGAGCGGUCAGAGGACCUGCCCGGCGUCGUGGCCAUGCCACCAGAUAAGAUGGGGAAGGAGCCGCUGCCUCCUCCAUUGCCACCGACUACGCUGGAGCCGUUGAAGGCCAACGUGCCGAGCGAGAGUGGGAGAAGCGAACGAAGCUGA